UUAUUUCACUCCCUCUGUAUUUCUCAUCUAAAUACAAUGGCAAGCACUGAGCCUACACACGAACACAGGGAAAAGGAGGACGUAGAAGAAGCUACCGGAGCAGAUGACGAAGAUACAGGAGCUGAGGUGGCUCCAAUUGUUCAACUCGAACAAGUUGCUGUAUCUACAGGCGAAGAAAACGAAAAUCCCAUCAUUGAUUUGAAAGCCAAGCUUUAUAGGUUUGAUAAAGAUGGGAAUCAGUGGAAAGAGAGAGGUGCUGGAACUGUGAAGCUAUUGAAGCAUAAGGAAACCGGCAAAGUUCGCCUUGUUAUGCGCCAAUCCAAGACCCUUAAGAUCUGCGCCAACCACCUUGUUCUCCCAACGAUGACGGUUCAGGAACAUGCUGGAAAUGAGAAGUCUUGCGUGUGGCAUGCACCCGAUUUUGCUGAUGGUGAACUGAAAGAUGAGCUUUUUUGCAUCAGAUUUGCAUCUAUUGAGAAUUGCAAAUCCUUCAUGGAGACGUUUCAAGAGGUUGCUGAAUCACAAAAGAAACAGGAAACUGAAGAUGGAUCUACCGCUGCCGGAUUGCUUGAGAAGUUAACUGUUGAAGAUAAAAAGUCAGAAGAGAAAAGCGAGGAUAAAACCAGGGAAGGGGAUGUUAAGGAGGAGAAAGCUGAAGACAAAACCAAGGAAGGGGAUGGUAAGGAGGAGAAAGCCGAAGACAAGGAUGCAGAGAAAAAGGAUGAAAGUGCUUCAGCUUGAGGAGGAUGCAUGCGAUUUUCAAGGCUCAAAAUGCCAUUUCUGUGCCAACCAAUUUGGGUGUGUUGUUGGUCAAGUGCAAGAGGUGGUUAAAGGGAUUCUCCUUUGUUUUUAUCUUGAGGUGGGGUUAUUGGUACUGGGAAUUGUUUGGUUUUAUUAGUCUAUCAUUCAGGGGUGUUUAUGUUUGGAGAAACUUUUGAGUCUCGCUUUUAAGGCCGGGUCCUGUAUUCUGGUUAGGAUAUUUUCUGGGUGGUGUAACUAUCGGCGUUGCUAGUAGUAUUAUUUUGUGUAUGCAAUGGACUUUGCACUGAGUCAUGCUUCAAGUUCUGAGUUUUUUUUCUGUGAAGGCGUCAGUUUGAUUUCAUGGCUGGGGACAAUUUUUGGUGCUGCUAGCUAUGCUAGUGCAUCAUUGUUUGAUGUGUUCACAUUUGUGUUUCUUUGGACAUAUCCUUCUCAAUCUCAUUUCAAAUAAUGGCAUGC